UUGAUUCCUCCUAGUGUCCUUCGUGAUGCAGGCGGCUACAUCGACUGGCCUCAUGGUCGGGGUAUAUUUAUUAACCAGGCUCAAAACUUCCUUGUCUGGGUGAAUGAAGAAGACCACAUCCGAGUAAUUUCUAUGCAAAAGGGCGGCGACUUGAUAGAAAUUUAUAAGAGGCUUGCUGGGGCCAUUAAUGAACUAUCCAAAACGCUCAAAUUUGCGUUCAAUUCGCGCUUUGGUUUUAUCACGUUCUGCCCAUCUAAUUUGGGCACUACGCUCCGCGCCAGUGUGCACGCACGCGUUCCACUACUGGCUUCCUUACCCAAUUUCAAGGAAAUUUGUGAGAGAUACGGAAUACAACCCCGUGGCACGCACGGCGAACACACGGCCUCAGUUGGUGGAGUUUAUGACUUAAGCAACAAACGUCGUUUAGGCCUAACGGAACUGGAAGCUGUUACUGAGAUGUACAAUGGUGUGCGGGCUCUGUUGGAUUUGGAGAAACAGUUGGAGGUAUACAAUAAGGAUGCCCCAGCCGGCGUCAUGCCAGUUGAACCGUUGACCUAUUUGGCUCGUUUACUGGAGGCAGCAUCCCCGGAGAAGUGCUACACUUUCAAACACUUAACACCGGAAAUUAUCAAGAAGUAUGAUGGAAAACGAACUAAACACGGUGCUACUCUGGCACAUAUGGUUCGUAAUUGUGCCUACAACCCACGCGCAAUUUGCCCAAGGACCGGAGAGGCAGAAUGCUAUACAAUGUUCGUGGACUAUUUGGACGCGGUCAUCCGGGAUUAUCAUGGUGUGCAAGAAGCCUCGUUCAGGCACCCUCCUCCCACGUUUGGUGAUUUGGAUAAUUUGCCAUUCGGCGAUUUGGAUCCAACUGGUCAAUUUAUCGUAUCCACUCGAGUUCGUGUGGGUCGCAGUGUAGAAGACUAUCUAUUUCCAACAAUCAUGGGUAAAGACGAUCGGUUGACUCUAGAAAGCAAGAUUUCCUCUGCACUGAAAUCGUUGACGGGUGAACAUGCAGGCACUUAUUACCCGUUGGCUAACAUGAGCGAGGAGACUCGAAAACAGCUCGUAGAAGAUCACUUUCUUUUCAAGAAUGACGAUCCUGUCCUCCGUGAUGCUGGUGGCUAUCGCGACUGGCCAAUUGGACGAGGCAUUUUCCAUAAUAACAGCAAAACUUUCUUGGUAUGGGUGUGCGAGGAAGAUCACAUGCGCAUCAUUUCCAUGCAAAAGGGUGGUGAUUUGGCUGCUGUGUACCGCCGUUUGAUCAAGGGUAUUCAAGCAAUCGAAUCAAAGAUGAAGUUUGCACACAGCGACAAAUUUGGCUACCUGACUUGCUGCCCAAGCAACUUGGGGACCACAAUGCGUGCUAGCGUGUUGCUAAAAAUCCCCAAACUGAGCGCUCACAAAGACAAAAUGGAUGAAGUUUGUGCAAAAUACAGACUUCAGGCACGAGGUCUCCAUGGCGAACAUACGGAAUCACCGGAUGGUACCUACGAUAUAAGCAACAAACGUCGCCUGGGAUUGACCGAAUUGACCGCUGCUCAAGAGAUGGCUGAAGGCGUUGCUCAGAUGAUUGCCAUCGAAAAGUCGCUAUAA